AUGAACCUUUGGCUGUUUCUGUGGUUUAUGGCAGCGUCCUGGCUUCCAGCAACUGGCAUCAAUGAUACCAACGCUGUGCUCAAUGUCUGUCGGAUGAAAGACCAUGAUGUGUCCUGUCAAUAUCGAAACCUGACCAAGGUGCCUGAACUUUCACUGCUGCCAAUUAAAAGGCUAGAUUUAUCCCACAAUUCAAUCAGAGCGCUGACCGAGGAAUCACUGUUAAACCUCAGUUCAUUGCAAUAUCUGGAUGUCUGCUGUAACCAGCUGAAAACCAUUGCACCAGGUGCUUUGGGACAUUUGAGUAAACUGAGAGUGCUCAUUUUGUCAAAUAACCUCCUGAAAAGAAACUUUUCAUCAGGGAAUGGAGCAUUCAGUUUGUUAAAGAGACUAAAAGUGUUACAUCUAUCGAAGAAUUACUGGGACAGUGACACUGUUGCUCAGCAUCUGAAAAACCUAUCUUCAUUGGAAGAAUUAAGUUUGUCUGGUAACCUGCUGAUGAAGCUGACAGCUGAUAUGUUUUGUGGGAUGCAGUCUUUAAAAUAUAUCUCUCUUGAAGGAAAUUAUAUUACAGAAAUAUCAACAGGGACCUUUGAAUGUUUAGCAGACUUGGUUGUUUUGAAUUUAGCCAUGAAUUCCCUUGCCUGUAUUUCUGAUUUUCACCUUUCUAAACUUAAAGUAUUGAACAUAAGCAGAAAUGGUAUUGAAUUCUUCAUAACAAGUGAGAAGGAUGAAGAAUAUCAGCUUCAAGUGCUUGAUCUGAGUCACAACAGGUUGUUUCAUUUUCCGCUUCUUCCAAAACUUCAUCAGAUUAAGCAUAUGAAUUUGUCUGGCAAUUUAUUGAACAGUAUUUCACCUGAACUACUGAAUGACUCAGUUGAAUGGGAUAUAAGAAACAGAUAUGAAGAAAUUAACAGGAUAAAUAAAAUAUACGACAGUGCAAACUCAACUUUAUCUGAAGUAAUAUUUUUGGAUUUAAGUAAUAAUGCAUUAGUAGAUAUAUCACAUGAUUUUCUGAAUAAAUUCAGUUCUCUUCAACACCUGAAUCUCAGUGGAAACUGUUUUCAGAAUUUCAGUAUUGAAGAUGGAGAUGAAUUAAAUUUGCUGUUAUCUCUGGAUCUGAGUGACAAUGAACUUACCGAUAUAUCUCUCAAAGUGGAUAAUCGAAAUCUUCUCCAGUCCUUAAAGUACUUGUACCUUCAAAACAAUUCCAUUCAGUUAUUACCCUCCAAACUUUUUAAAGUCUUACCCAGAAUAGAAAAAAUAAAUCUUGCCAACAACAAUGUAAGAAUUUGUAAUAUGGAAAAUAAAACCAUGGGGAUUCGCAAGACCAAAAACAGCUGCGUGUCUUUUUCUGAAAUCCCUACCCUUAAGUACCUCAAGCUGGAUGGAAAUAACAUUACACACCUGGCACCAUACACAUUCUAUAAGACUCCUUUAGCAUAUUUGGAUCUUUCAAGAAACGAAUACCUUGAAGUGCCUGAUCAGGCUUUGAAAGGCUUAGAACACUCUUUGAAAUAUCUUUCUUUAAGAUGGAAUUUGAUCCAAACCUCCAAGGUAACUUUGACAUGUUUGAAUCACCUCAGAGAUCUGGAUCUGUCAUAUAAUCAGUUAGACAUUUUACCUAAUGGUAUUGGAUGUGCCCCACUGAAGAGCCUUGAUGUUCGAGGCAACAUUUUUCACUUUCUUCAAGAUGAGAUAAUUAAAAAUGUGUCUCAAACUCUUGAAACUCUGUACUUGAGUGGAAAUUAUUUCAACUGUUGUGCAUUGACCUGGCUGGAGUUACUGAAUGGUACUAAGGUUGAAAUACCAGAUGUGGCUAAUACUCAUUGCUUUUACCCAAGUGGCAAUGAUUCUUCAACAAUCACAUUAUUUCACAAUCACAAGGGAGAAUGCCCUAAUGAAAGCAUCAAGAAACCCAGUCCACUUCUAGUUAUAAUAUCUGCAUUGGCCUGUCUACUGCUGAUUGGAUCUGUGAUAACAUUAAUAACUGGAGAGUGCUGCAGGCUGUGUCUGCCUACUAGGGAGGAGAGUUCUGAGGCAGAUACAGCUCCAGUUAAAAUAAAUAAUGAACACCAGAAAGAAGGGCUAACUCUAAGUGUCAUUAAAAUAGAAACUUGA